AGGAAUGGCUCAAACACUUUGCGUGCCGUGUGCUGCGGACAGGCUUCCGCAUGUGGUCCUGGAAAAGAUGCCUCUCGGAGAAGAAGCUGGCGGACGGUAUGAGCAAGCGUGGGCUCACAAGCUCGAAGUCCGAAGCCGGGCUUCGCAUGCCUGGCGCCCCAGAGCGCCUGGGUACCGUGGCCCCGGUCCCCGCUCCGGUUGCUGAGUCUGGCGGCUAUCCGCCCCGGAGACCCUCCUCGAUGUCAAAGUCACGGACGAACUCGGGGCGACUGAGCUCGCCGCAAGACAUCGACCAUCCUUGGGAGACGUGUCCCUUCAGGACUCUCUUCCUGGUAAUCCAGGACAUGAUGGCCUUGAAGUAUGGUCUACAGCUCGACGAGCCGGACUUUGUCGGCAAGGCGAAGGCGCGCUGCGGCGAUCACCUGGAGCCGGGACUGCUGGCCGCGGCGCUGAACGCGGAGCCGGCGCUGAAGGUCAAGGACGCCGGCAAUGAGCGCUUGGUUCAGUUGCGUUUGCGGGUCACCACGAUGAGCUCCUUCUGGGAGCUGCAGGGCUACUUGCGGCGCUGGCCAGGAACCGCUUGCGCGCUGGCGGCCGUGGGGUUAGCCGGGCCCGGGCGCAACGUCCAACUGGUGGCGCCCUUUCGGGAGGCGUACGGAGCAAGGGAGUCCUUGGUGGCAAAGGCGCGCCCAAAGAUCCAAGGCGGCGUGGGGCCCUUGCAGACGUUCGGCCAAGAGAGCUUCAGCACGGCCGUGGUGCUCGAGCCGGUGAUUGAGCACGUGCUGAGAUACCAGCCGCAGUCAAACGCCAUGAUGGAGCUACAGACACCUGUGGAGUGUCCCGAGUUCCGGCGCUCAGCCGCAGCCUUCAACGCUGAGGUUAGCCUGGCUGAGCGCUUCUGCGGCGCCCUAGCUGCCCUUGCGCCAGCCAGCGCCGACCGCAGCGCCACAGCUUCCUGCUUGCUGGCCAAAGAGCUCAUGACAAGGCACCCUGACGUUGCGGACAUGCAGAUUGCCGGCUGCAGGGUGCUGGGCGGCUGGCUGCGGCAGUGCGCGGACAGCUUCUCAGUGCACCAGGCCUGCGCCACCAUGGAGGCGCUGACCGCUGCCAUGCGGAGGCACAGUGCCCAUCCCGCGGUGCAGGAGGCAGCUGCAGCUGCGCUGAGCUUGGGCGACUGGCCUGAGCUCCAAGCCGCUGCAAGUACCAACGGCGCCGUGGAGGAGGUGGUGGCAGCCAUGCGCAGAUUUCCGGGAGACCCGGAGCUGCAGGCAUCUGCCUGUGCCGCCCUGGCAGGCUUGGCGUCGAACCACCUGCUGAAUCAGUCUUCGAUCAUGGCAUGCGGCAGCAUAGAGGUGAUACUGACCGCCAUGGUCAACUUUCCGCAGCACGUGCGGCUCCAGUCCAUGGCCUGUGGGGCGCUGGGGAACCUGGCGGCGAAGAAUCCCAACAACCAGGCCGCGGUGGCCUCUGCGGGCGGCCUGCAACGGGUGGUUGCUGCUUUGCAUGCUCAUCACGGGCGGUGCAUGGUGGCCACUGCGGCGCUGGGAGCCCUCUGGCACCUGGCGAAGCGCCACCACGUGAACCGCGAAGCCGCGGGACGACUCGGCGUGGUGGAGCUGGCUACGGCAGCGCUGCAGCGCUACCCUGAUGACCGGGGGCUCAAGAUCGCGGCGUCAGGCGUCCUGCAGUGCUUGGUACCAGGCCUGGCGGAGGCUUUGGCGGGGCAGGUUGGCUUGCACUUGACCUCGCCCAGCGGGUCAGCGAUGAGCUCCAGCAGAUAGCUCGCGGGUGCAAGCUGAAGCUGGUCAGGUGGUCAGCGGCUAGGUCCCCC